AUGGGCGAAGCAAACACUGCCCAGCACGCAACGGCAGUAAUCCAAGUAUACUGCGCCUCCAUCUCGGAUCGUCCAAUGGAGUUCGAGUCGUACGACGACUACCUCGAGUCGCUGGUCGACGCCAAGGGUUUGCAAUAUUUCGGUGAUAGGGAAAAUUUAAUCAGUCUCUUCCGGACCGGCUAUCGUGCCCUUACGAAGGAUGCGUUUGAAGCGCAGCAAAGCACUCGCCAGGAUACGAAGGAUCCUUACGCACUGUUUAGCCGGAACGUCGAACCACCGGACGAGUUCCUCCGUGAGCUGGCCGUGCGGGAGCGUCCGAACCGGUUGGGUCUUUUAUCGACCAUCAUUUACAUCCGCUGCAUGAGGAAAAGCGUGGAAAUUUCCGGUUACAUCGACUACGAGGAAGCACUGCGGCGUGUACAGCGGGAUCUACCGUACUCGAACGACUGGAAGACGAUCUUCGCCGGGGAAAGCAUCCUGCGACCGACGCCACUUGAUCUGCUCUACUACAAUUCGCGAUCUCGGCGCACCUUGCGGAACAACUCGCGCAACUACCGAAUCCUGUGCGAUCCGGUGCGCGGUCUCAUGUUCCGCAAUCUGUACGAUCGAAAGGACAUCUAUCCGGAUCCGGUCACCGGUUACUAUGGUACGAAUACGAGCCGGUUGGAGAUAUUUUCGAGCAGCGCGUAUGAACAGGUCGCUCUCUACGAUCAUGUGGUCCGGAAGAAUUACUAAAUGAGGUAAGCGGACGGUGCGGUGCUACGCGGCAAAAAGUUCAUCCGGUAGCAGAAGAGGACGCCCCAUGGCUUCCAUUUCCAACGCCUGCUUCUGCUGGCAUUGAAGUGAAGCGAAUCGAUACCAGGUGAACUUUCAAGGAUUCCGUUCCGUCACCCAUCCGUCCGUCCGUUCGCUUCACAUGCCCGACCUCCCGCGUGCAAGACGCGCCCGAGAGUCUUUUAUUUUUAUUUGCAUUUU